ACUUGCAUAUCUUGCUGAGUGGGUUUGAGGGCUACAAUUCUUAUUUUCUUAUGUUAAGAGGUUGCAUUUCCCUUAUCUCGCCCUGGUGAUUCUAUGCUGUGGUUUCUUGUUCUCAUCUCGUUUAUCCUAGUGAGACAUGUCUCUUCUUUCAUACAACUGUGCAAUAUGACAACUUAUCACAGUGAUUGGUUCUCAUAUACUAUAGAGCCUUAGAGAAGGAACAAGGCUCUCUUCUGACGGAGGAAGAUUUUUUCUUGAUAUGGCUUCAGAAAUCACUUAUGCAGAAGUGAAGUUCAAGAAUGAAUCCAACUCCUUGCACACCUACUCAGAAUCUCCUGCAGCUCCCAGAGAGAAACCUAUCCGUGAUCUAAGAAAGCCUGGUUCCCCCUCACUGCUUCUUACAUCCCUGAUGCUACUUCUCCUGCUGCUGGCAAUCACAUUCUUAGUUGCUUUUAUCAUUUAUUUUCAAAAGUACUCUCAACUUCUUGAAGAAAAAAAAGCUGCAAAAAAUAUAAUGCACAAUGAAUUGAACUGCACAAAAAGUGUUUCACCCAUGGAAGCACCCCCCAUUGGACAAAGGGCCCUGACAUUAGAGUCAAUUGAGAUAGACUUGGGUAUCUUGGCACCUGAGGACAAAGUCUGGAGCUGUUGCCCAAAGGAUUGGAGGCUAUUUGGUUCCCACUGCUACUUGGUUCCCACAGUUUCUUCAUCAGCAUCUUGGAACAAGAGUGAGGAGAACUGCUCCCGCAUGGGUGCUCAUCUAGUGGUGAUCCAAAGCCAGGAAGAGCAGGAUUUCAUCACUGGGAUCUUGGACACUCAUGCUGCUUAUUUUAUAGGGUUGUGGGAUACAGGCCAUCGGCAAUGGCAAUGGGUUGAUCAGACACCAUAUGAAGAAAGUAUCACAUUCUGGCACAAUGGUGAGCCCAGCAGUGGCAAUGAAAAAUGUGCUACAAUAAUUUACCGUUGGAAGACUGGAUGGGGCUGGAACGAUAUCUCUUGCAGUCUUAAACAGAAGUCAGUUUGUCAGAUGAAGAAAAUAAACUUAUGAAUCACUCAUUCUUCAUGGGCAUUCGAUUCAUUGUUAUCCAACCAUUACACAGACACCUGGGAAAUUCUACAGGUUCACAGAAUUUAAGUGGGCAGCAAAUGGUUAUGCAUACACUGGCCCACAUAUAUCCUUGUGCAUUUACCCACCUACUCUGUCAUAAAAUGAACUUUCAUUGAGAAUUUUCUAUAUACCACAGAGUAUACAGAGUCCCUUAUGGACACACAUGGAACUUUUUGCCAUCUUGUUUACUCAUGCCAUUGUAUGAUAGGUUCUCUUGACCUAUCUGUUUCUGUUUCUCUGUUGUUUUUUUAAUGUCUUUGGAUUUAUUGACAUUAAAUUGAGAAGUAAAAUUAUAAAUAUUUAAGUGUCUGGAUUGAUACACACAGAUAUGUACUAUGAAAUAUAAUUAAAUAUUUACUGUCAAA